GAAAAGUCGGUGCCUCCGCUGCCGCCACCGCCGCUUCUCAUCGCAGCGAGCACGUUUAGUUGCUCGCGGGUCAAACCCUCGUACGGUCGCGCAAUCCGCGUUCACCGGAGUCCUUUACAGUCCUUCCCCAACGAAAGAGGAGAAAAAAAUUAAAUAAAAAAAUUGAAAAAAAAAUACAUAAAUGAAUGAUCGAUAGAAAAUAAAAGAAUAGAUGAUCGUAGAAGAAAAAAGAAAUUAUCGACAAAGGUGCCCCGAAGCAACACGAGAUAAUUCAAGAUCAAAAAACCAAAAAAAGAAUCGAAAACGAGGCACCGCAAAACAACUUCAAGGGUUCCGAACUAACUUCAAUACCUACUUUUACAUUGAUUACUGAAACCCAAUAGCUCGGAUCGUGCAGAAACUGCUCGUGAUUCUCGUGAUUUUUAACGUUUGAAAAUCUGGUUAAAAAGUGCUCAAUCGAAAUUCGGUCGGAACUACGAAAUAACAAUUAGACGAAGGGGUGGAAAAAAUGAAAAAAUGGAUGUGUAGUGUACCGUUUUGAAAUUGAUGGAUGGAAGUUGUUAACGCUGAAACGCGUCCCGGCGAUCAUUGGAUUUUAAUUAAAUAACGUUCGAAAUAAUCAGGGAAACAACAUCCCAUGGUGCUGAUAAUUCAAAAUAAUAUCUCGUCUAAAGAGAAGUGUGAAUAUCAAUGAUACCGCGAAUCACCGGAGGUAAUUAGUGAUCGGUUUUCAUAGCGACCGGGUUUAAAAUAUCGCCCCCCGGGAGGUGGAUCUAACGGAGUCGCAGGAUUCGGGUGGCUCCACUUACCGCUUCGCGACCUACACCUAUAGAUAUACGCGUACGGCAAUAAUCGACCCCCGUAAAACAGGAGGAGGUCCUGCCAGGCGUUUAGAGCUACUUGAUGGAAUUCUCUAAAAUACUAAAUUCCGGCUCUAAAUUCUUUCGCAAACUUCCGUAAUUAAACCCCAGUUUAAACUCCUUUGGGACGGCGGACUACCCUACCUCCCCAACACUCGCUCACGACUUACUAUAAAAGUGUUUUAUCAGGUUGAUGUAUCCUCCGGUUAAAAACGUGUGCCCUCAGAAUUCUACUCACCUAUAACUACCAGGUUUAUUACCAGUGAUUGCGACAUCUGAGUUAAAAAAUUCGUCGUCACGUUUUUUUGUUCGUCGAUUUUUUUCUUUUUCGCGAUACGUGAGUUUUUCAACUGUGCGUUACAAAAAAAAAAAAAACAACAAAGAAAAAUAAUUAACGAAUGAAUGAAUGAUAAUCAGUCGAGUAUUUUUCACUGUCGGAAGUCAAUUUGAAGAUCAAAAUCAAAAUGCAGGAAAUAAUACCUAUAAACAGUGCCUAAAAAAUACAGUAGAGUAUCAAGAGGAGGUUCAGCGGCAUUGGCUUCUUUUCGAAUAACGGAUAAAAAGCUGAACGCUUUUUGAAAAUAUUUUAAAUAGGCCCAAAGUUUGUUCUCCCGUUAGUUGGUUCUCUCGUCUUGAUAAGGUAGUGAGAUCAGCUCCGCGGAAAAAUUCGCAUUGUGUAACACGCCGCGAGAAUGGGUGCCUCAAAAGCUGCACAGCGAUUUUUCGUCCUCGGCGGACUCUUCGCCGCUUUUUUCAUCCCCUUAAUCGAAGGCAGCAGCGAGCCGUGGCUGAAGAGUGAAAAGCACGCCGAAAGGGGCUCCUCAGUUGAAUUACCAUGCGUAUUGAAACUCCCUCAAUGCGGCGGUCUUCACAGCAUAAAAUGGUACCGCGGAGCAAUCCGUAUUUUCAUAUUCAGCGAGGGCGUCGGAUUGACCCGAGGGACAAGCGACCUGGCGAUAAGAUCGAAUAUGUCGUACGAGACCAACGCGACGAAGAGUUUUUUAAAAAUCCCAGACCUGAAACUGGAGGACGAGGGUCUGUACAAAUGCGAGGCGACUUACCUGGCGGUUAACAGAGAAUGUAACAACGUCCAACACAUUACACUGACAGUAACAGUGAAACCGGACAAAUUGGUGGUGACUAAUGAAGAAACAAAGGAAGUGAUCGCCGACGGAAGUACACUGACUCCGGUUAACGAGGGUACUCGUUUAGUUCUGAACUGUGAAAGCGGUGUCGGUAAACCAGUUCCAGUUAUCGAGUGGUUUAACGGGACUCAAAUAAUGAGAGCCGACAAUUCGUCAUCGACCGCGCAAGGCGAGAGCAUCGGCGCCGGCAAAAGUCGUCUGGAAGUCGUCGUCACCAGGGGUGACCUCGGGGCGCGUUUCACCUGCAAAGCCAGUAGCCCCGCGCUACCCGAACCACUCUCCGUUGGGACAAACGUCAUUGUUAACGUUCGACCCCUCGGAAUGGACCUCGGAGGCGUCGUCAAUCACGUGGUGCAGGGGUCAAAGGUGAUGCUGCAGUGUCAAGUCAAAGGAGCACGGCCCGCCGCCAACGUCACUUGGUACAACGGAACCGAACCCAUACUCAACGACGACGGGGAGACCAACAUCUUGCACGCCCCACCCAAGGAAAACGUCGAUGGAACCUGGGAGACGGAGAGCAGUCUGGUUUUCAGAGCUACCCAGUACGAGAACGAGGUGACGUUCGGAUGUCACGCUGAAAAUAUCGUUACGCGGCAGGAGAGCGUAAAACCGAUGAAAGAAACAAUUACUCUCGAAGUUUACUACCCACCGAUCGUCACCGUCAGCCCGGAGAACGUGACGGUCAACGAAUCGCAGGACAUUCGACUGUUCUGCGCGUACAUAGCCAACCCAGCAACGUUACUGAAAGCGAAAUGGCUGAAAGACGGUGUCGAAGUGAAUUUGAACGACGACCGUUUCGAGGGUGGUAUAACCGAGCAAACUACCCUACUGAUACGAAACGCGACCCCCACGGACAUGGGGAUGUACUCUUGCGUCCUGGAGAACAGCGUUGGCGAAUCAAAUUCCCAAGACGUAAUCGACGUCUCCGUUCUCUUCAGACCGGUCGUCGAGGUGUCUCUGGAACCGCAAACCCCGGUGAACGAGGCCGACAGAUUGAACGUUUCUUUAACGUGCGACGUGCAAUCGGGAAACCCGGGCGUAUUGACGGCUGUGAGGUGGUACCUGGACGGCGAUCUUCUCAAAGAAUUACCGGACUGCGUGAGCAACUCGACCCCGGCAACGAUCGCCGAUGAAUCAUCGACAUUCUGCGACAUCGAUCCCAGCAAAUUAUUAUUGGAAGUAGUCGGGAGAUCCUUUCACGGGAAAUACUCUUGCGAAGGUAGAAACGACGCCGGCUGGGGACCGAUAUCCGCCAGCAUACCGGUCGUCGUGUACUACAAACCCGGGCCUGCCUCUAUAUCGUACGAGCCGCAGCAGGUUGUGAAAAAAGGUCGGCUGAAGAUAACUUGUUCCGUACUGGACGCGGGACGUCCGGAAGUAACGGGGUACAAAUGGACGCGUGGACAGCACCGACUACCCGACGAGAACAAGCCGGUACUGAACAUAGAACCGGUGGACCUCGAGACUCAGGCGAACUUCACUUGUCUCGCUUAUAACGAAGCCGGUGACGGUGACGCGGCUACAAUUUUCAUCGAGGUUUCCGCGCCGCCAGCGUUCAUAAAAAAGCUACCGCCUUAUCAGGGAUUCGUCUACAACGCCGCGAACGUGAGCAUCGACUGCAGGGUGGAAUGCGUACCGUUGUGCAGUAUCUCAUGGUUCAAGGACAACGUGUCGAUGGACUUCACGAAUAACAAUCAUUAUUAUCUGUCGAACACGAUACACCCGCCCGAUCCGAGGACGAACGAUUUUCAGAGCAUACGAUCGGAACUUGUUUGGAAUCUGACGUCGUGGCCGAACGGCGAGUUGGACAGGAACACCGAUAACGGAAAAUUCACCUGCAAAAGCAGCGGGAACUCCAUAGGACCCGGCGUCAUAAGUACAACCCAUUUCCACGUGGAAUUUCCUCCGGAGAACAUCAAUACGUCGAAGUCGGUGGUGGACGUUGUGGUCGACCAUAUACCGGAGACGGUUCUUUGCACCGUCAAGGCGCACCCGGAACCAUCGUUCCAAUGGUACAAGGAGGGGUCUUCGGAAGUCAUAAGCUUCGGUAGUUCGCUUGUUUUCGACGUCCCUAUGCCACGGCGGAGUACGGGCAGAUACAUUUGCGAAGCAUACAACCGACACGGAUCCCAAAGGGCGACGAUGUCCAUUAACGUUCAAUUCAAGCCGGAUUGUCGGAUCGACAAGCAGCGUAUAAACGGCGAUGAUUAUCUCGUUUGUUCGGCGGUGGCGAAUCCCGAAAAAGUCGAUUACGUAUGGAGCCUGAAGAACGAGAACGACACCCUGGAGCAGAUCUCGGAGGAACGUGAGGACAAGAAAAGCUACCUAUUCCUAAACCCGGCGAUCACAAACUUCCGGACGUACCAAUGCGUCGCUAAUAAUACGAUCGGCUCGUCCGUCGCCUGCGAAUUCAACAUGGCUGCCCGCGAUGGAAAUGACAGUAACCUCCCGUGGUACCAGAGGCUCGACGGAGAUCUCUUGUUGAUCGUGAUCAUCGUGGCGGUGGCGAUUCUGCUGGCGAUCGUCAUAAUCUGCGUCGUCAUCUUCCUGAUCUGUCGCCGCAAAAGAAAUCAAGCAAAGCACAAUAACCGGGUGGUCGAAAUGGAGGAACGCGAUCACCCUGACGGUGGAUCUCCUAGCCCGGCUGGCAGCGUGAUGCCUCCGCAUCCGACUCCCGCACCCAGAUGGCCAUUAAAGCCCGGCGUUCUAGUGCACAUUAAUCGUAGCCACAGUCUCCGUUCCGGUCUGCGUACUCAUCUGGACCUGCAGUCCCGAGUGAGCGCGUCUCGCUCGGCGGUGGUAGCGGCAACCUCCUGUUUCAGGAACGAGCCCGAGAGGAGAUCCGUUCUACGGGAGGUCGGCCCGGUCCACACGGUAGCGAGAACGCCGGUAAGGGCUUACAGGCGAGCGAAAAACACGAGGAGGGCACUGAGCAUGUCGAACGUAAACGAAGACGGCAUGUUGGCAAGGGCGAACAGAAUUCGCGCAAUGUUCGGAGCCCAAUUUAGAGACAAUUGUACGGACACCUUCCCGGGGAUUUCCAGAGACAAAACAGCCGUGACUUACAAGAGAAUAGUACCGCGUAAAGGGGAUUCCUGCGAGCGUGUACCGUCGCUUUUACUGCACCCCCAGCUGCGAUUGGAGAAGGAAAGUCAACACCGCCAACGUCAGGGUGCACCGGGUACGACGGGCUCGAAUUAUGACGCCAACGUUUCUCGUAAACGUAAGAAGCCCGGCGCAGAUCCAACUCAAGCAGCGAAUAAUAAUCACGUUGACAGUGUCUCGGAGGGUCUGCCGGAGCCGGAAACGAAAACCUUUUACGAAAAUCUUCCCUUCCACGGUAUCCAGACACCUCCGAACAAGCCCUACAGACCGGAAUUCUCGGACUUGGACUACGCCGACGUAGACUACCGUUCCUAUGGGCCGAUAAACUACAAAGCUGCCAGCAUCGCUCUCUUGCAAAACCGAAAUCAACCGGCCAAUUCCGUAAACCAGAUCGGAAAUCCCCAGCUAAUGCAACGUCCUUCGAUGUACGGACCUCUUCACGAGGACAACGAAGAGCUCUUGUAAAAUUUCGGGUAUGAAAAACUUCGUGAAAAUUUCUAUCCAAGUUCAUGGAACCGCGGAGGAAUACACGUGACACAGGCUGACGGAAAGGCUGAAUUAAAAUUCGGUAAUAUAAGAUGCUUAUUGUAAAUAAAAUUUUCAAAAAAUCGAAGAAACAAAGAGAAAAAAAAAAAGGAAAAGAAUGAACAAUCUAUCACGUCUGCACCAUAAUGGGAUCAACUAAUAAAAGUACCUAUACUAAAUGCCAAUGUGGGGGGGGGGGGGGGGGGGGGAAUGAUGAUUUUCAGUUGAAAAUUAAAAAUAUCGGCGUAAUAAUAUUUUCAUUGUGGGAAAAAAAAAUUCGAACAAAAUAAUGUAAAACAACAAAAUAAUCAAUUGGUAAACAACUGAACGCGUCCUUCGUUUUUCACGUUAAAAAAACAACAAGAAAAAACAAAAUUCGAAAUCAAGUGACGAAAAACAAAUUGAAAAAUGAAGAGAAUAAUCGCGCAAUUCUGCUGCAACUGUUGCUCUGGUGAAUUAGUAAAAGUAUAUCGUUAAAAGUCAUUAUCUAUAUAAUUAUACGCGUGCAUUUAUAUAUAUUAUAUAUGAAUGUAUAUCAUCAAUUUACAUGUGUACUAUGCACGUAUGAAAUAAAUAAAUGAAUAUAUAUAUUUAGAAAUUUGCUGUACAGAAUAUUCGUGAUAUUUUACCGACGUGGAUAUUAUUAUUCUAUAUUAUACCAUACACGCAUACGCAGUUAUAUAAUAAUAUACUACAAUAUACAUGUAUAAAUAUACGAGUAUCGAGAUAUGGGAGGAAAACUGAGCAUUCGAAGUACAGAUCUACGAGGUACCCCCAUUUAUGCAAAAGCAAAACCGAAACCAAAAUUGUGCAAAACGCAAUUGAACAAUUAACAAAAAUUGAUAAACAAAACAAUAAAAUAAAUUAACUCACGAAACAGAAAAGCGCGACUAAUAGCAUCAAAAUCCAUUUAUCUAUUGUUUGUAUAAUAUAAUGCUAUGAAAUGAGGUUCGAAAAAAAAGCGAUCAUCUACACAUCAUUUUUCACUUAACAAUCCCUCAUUUUAAAUGACAACAAUUUUUCAAAUGAAAUCGCUGCAGCUAUAAGUAUACUAUCGGGAGUACCGUACCACCGCAGCGAUAUAUAUAUAUAUAUGUAUGUAUUUUUUGUUCACGCAGCAGUCUCGACAUUUUCAAAAUAAAAAAAAGGAAUGAGAAUAAAAAAAUGCGAUUCUUCAUCAUCAAUCGACCUGUUAGCUCGAUUAUUUUCUUGUUAUAAUUUUGAUUUUUAUAAACAAUUGUUUCAAUUCCGAUGAACAUGUAAAUUCGUUCGUUAUUGUAAUUUUCCGUCCAUUGAGCGCGAUGGCGUAAUAGAAAAAAAAAAAAAAAAAAACUGAUAUCGGGAGUUACCGUCAACUCGAUUAGAUUAUUUAUCGAUAUUUCAUUCUAAUUAUCACAAGAAAAAAGAUGAAUAAAAUUAAAAAUAUUAUUUUUAAGUUAGCAUCUAACGUGAUCGGAUAAUGUCGACGACCCCUGUACCAGCGGACGUUCCGGUGACGAAAAA